CUCUCCUUCCUUCUCGGUGACGUCACCAAUCCUCACCGCAAGGAAAAUGGCGUCCGGCACGUCUCGCAAUCCUCCUCCUUUCCCUACAAACGACGAGACGGGAGAGGGAUUGUCUAACUUGGCAGAUGGAGACAGUGACGAGGGAGAAGACAUUUUCGUUAGCAAUUCCAUGAGUCCUGGAGUGUGUCAGCCCGUGCGAGGAGGCGAACUCCCCGCCGGCGAUGCGAGCAGUCACACCAGCGCCCAAUCCAACGGAGUCCACUCAGACGAAGACAACGAUCUGUUUUCCGACGCCCAACUAAGCACAGACAAAUCUGGAAGCUCUUCCCAGAAAGAGCUCUCCAGCUCCUCGAGCUCACGUCCCAUCUCCUCGUUUUCCCCGAGACCGGCCGCCAUGCCAACCACCUCCUUGGAACAGCUGGAAGAGGAAGAGGACAAGGAUACUUUUGAUGUGGACGUUGCUGUCACCAACCCUGAGAAAGUCGGUGAUGGCAUGAAUGCAUAUGUGGCCUACAGAGUAUCCACGAGGGUUUGUAGUUCUACCUCCUUGCCCAUGUUUAAAAAUAGGACCUUCUCUGUGAGAAGGCGCUUCAGUGACUUCCUGGGGCUCUAUGAGAAGCUGUCUGUCAAACAGUCACUGCAUGGAUGCAUCAUUCCACUACCACCAGAGAAAAGUGUCGUAGGAAUGACCAAAGUGAAAGUGGGGAUGGAUGAUCCAUCAUCAGUGGAAUUUGUGGAGAGACGAAGAGCUGCUCUGGAGAGGUAUCUGCAGAGAGUUGUCGCUCACCCUUUGCUAAUACAAGAUCCUGAUGUGCGAGAAUUCUUGGAAAAAGAAGAUUUACCCAGAGCAUCAAACACACAGGCGCUGAGUGGAGCUGGCUUCCUUAAAAUGAUCAAUAAGGCAUCGGAAGCUGUCAACAAGAUGACCAUCAAGAUGAACGAAUCUGACACCUGGUUUGAGGAUAAAUUGCAGGAGGUGGAGAAUGAGGAGCAGCAGUUAAGGAAACUCCAUGCUGUGGUGGACUCGUUGGUCAAUCACAGGAAGGAGCUAUGCGGAAACACGGCAGUAUUUGCCAAAAGUAUGGCCAUGCUGGGGAACUCUGAAGACAACACGGCUCUGUCCCGGGCCCUAUCGCAGCUGGCAGAGGUCGAGGACAAGAUGGAGCAGCUGCACCAGGAGCAGGCUUCCAGUGACUUUUUCAUUUUUGCCGAGGUGCUGGCUGACUACAUCCGUUUACUGGGUGCCGUGCGGGGCUGCUUUGACCAGCGCAUGCGAGCAUGGCAGCGAUGGCAGGAGGCUCAGAGUUCACUCCAGAAAAAGAGGGAGGUGGAGGCCAAGCUUUUAUGGGCCAACAAGCCAGACAAACUGCAGCAGGCCAAGGAGGAGAUCACUGAGUGGGAGGCGAAAGUUACUCAGUACGAGAGAGAUUUUGACAGAAUUGGCAUGACCGUGCGCAAGGAGGUUCUCAGGUUUGAGAAAGAAAAAACCAAGGAUUUGAAGACCCAGAUCAUCAAAUAUUUGGAAUCAAUGCUUCAGUCUCAGCAAAGGCUUAUCAAGUUUUGGGAGGCUUUCCUUCCUGAGGCCAAGGCAAUAGCUUAACGAAAGAGGAUGGACACUUUUUAAAGACCCAUCUGCCUUUUCUGAACACCUGACCUCUACCACGAACUGAGAGGACCAUUUUGAAACACGAAAAAGACUUCCAUCCAUUUGCUCUUGUUUUCUGUAUUCUCAAAUUUUGUACAGUUCUUUGAUAUUGAUGUGCUGCAUAAAUCCUUGUUUGUAUACCAUACUUUAAAAUGCAAUGAAUGAGAUUCAGGAAAGAUGAGUCAGGUCAUAGUAUUUGUAAAAAUAAUUUUUAAAAAGUAGUAGUGUUUUGCAAGGGGGAGAGGCAUAUACAAUGUAUUUGUUACUAGUUGAAUCCGUGUAAAAUUUUGCACUGAGGUACCGACCUAGAGUAACACUUCAUAGUUUACAUUAAAGGUCAAAUGUAUGACAGGCAUUCCAGCGGAUCCAUGGAUGGAUGUCAGUUUUGAUGCAAUUAAAUGCAUUGCACUUAUAGAAAAGCAUUUCUUUUUAAUUACUAUGCCACUAUUAUUGACAGGGGGUCGUAAUUAAGAAUCCUAGUGCAUUAUUCCUGCGCAUCACUACAUUUGAGAACAUUUACAACAACAGGGUGACACCCUUGUCAGGGUAGCUGCAAUGAGAGAAUUGCCAAGUUUCAUGAGGGACUUACGUCAAUCAAUACUUUAUGAUGAAGAAUUGUGAGUCAAGAUAUCAAUCUUCACUUUCUCACUUCUGUGUCAGCUAUUCAAGUAAUUUAGAGCUGGUGCAGGUGCUGUUUGCUCAGUUACUUUUGUUGUGUAAAGCAGCAUAUGCAAUAUAUACAAUAAACCAUCCAACCACUAUAGACUGAUUUUUGUCAGAAAAUAUACGUUGGUCAAAAGAUGGUAUCGAUACAUUAAAGUUACAGUUUGUUUCUGCAA